AGGGCGCCGAGCCGAGCCGCAGCCGGCGCCACACGAGUCCCGCAGCCGCUGCGCCCGGGCCAUGGGCCGGGAACACUGAGGCCGCCGCGGUCCAGCGCAGGGGUGGGACCUAGCCAGUGCCUUGCCCUCGCGCCGCGCCAACAUGCCCCGCGGCUUCCUAGUGAAGCGCAGCAAGAAGUCCACGCCCGUGUCCUACCGGGUCCGCGGAGGCGAGGACGGCGACCGCGCGCUGCUGCUCUCGCCGGGCUGUGGGACCGCCGGCGCCGAGCCCCCGGCGCCGAGCGUCGGGUCGGGUACGCUGCCGCAGCCGCCCGCCGAGCGCGCCCAUGCGGCGCUCGCCGCCGCGCUCGCCUGUGCGCCGGGCCCGCCGCCACCCCAUCCGGGCCCGCGGGCCGCGCACUUCGGCAACCCCGAGGCAGCACACCCAGCACCGCUCUACAGCCCCACGAGGCCCGUGAGCCGCGAGCACGAGAAGCACAAGUACUUCGAGCGCAGCUUCAACCUCGGCUCGCCGGUCUCGGCGGAGUCCUUCCCUACGCCCGCCGCGCUGCUCGGAGGUGGCGGCGGCGGCGGCGGCGUGAACGCCGCGGGUGGAAGCGGCACCUGCGGCGGCGACUCGCUGCUCUUCGCGCCUGCCGAGCUCAAGAUGGGCACGGCCUUUUCAGCGGGCGCCGAGGCGGCCCGCGGCCCGGUCCCCGGUCCCCCUUUACCCCCCGCCGCCUCCCUGCGGCCCCCCGGCAAGCGGCCCGCGCCCCCCGCGUCCGCCUCCGAGCCUCCAGCCAAGGUAGCCAAGGCCUCGGGUGCCAAGAAGCCCAAAGCCAUCCGCAAGCUGCACUUCGAGGACGAAGUUACCACGUCUCCCGUGCUAGGGCUCAAGAUCAAGGAGGGCCCGGUAGAGGCACCGCGGGGCCGCGCAGGGGGCGCAGCGCGGCCGCUAGGCGAGUUCAUCUGCCAGCUCUGCAAGGAGGAGUACGCUGACCCAUUCGCGCUGGCGCAGCACAAGUGCUCGCGCAUCGUGCGCGUGGAGUACCGCUGCCCCGAGUGCGCCAAGGUCUUCAGCUGCCCGGCCAACCUGGCCUCGCACCGCCGCUGGCACAAACCGCGCCCGACGCCCGCCGCAGCCCGCGCGUCGGAGCCGGAAACCGCCGCCAGGGCUGAGGCGCGGGAGGCGACGUGCGGCGGCAGCGACCGCGACACGCCGAGCCCUGGCGGCGUGUCGGAGUCGGGCUCGGAGGACGGGCUCUACGAGUGCCACCACUGCGCCAAGAAGUUCCGCCGCCAGGCCUAUCUGCGCAAGCACCUGCUGGCGCACCACCAGGCGCUGCAGGCCAAGGGCACGCCGCCCGCGCCCCCGGCGGAGGACCUACUGGCCUUGUACCCGGUGCCCGACGAGAAGGCGCCGCAGGAGGUGGCCGGCGACGGCGAGGCGGCCGGCGUGCUGGGGUUGAGUGCGUCCGCCGAGUGCCACCUGUGCCCGGUGUGCGGGGAGACGUUCCCCAGCAAGGGCGCCCAGGAGCGCCACCUGCGCCUUCUGCACGCCGCCCAGGUGUUCCCCUGCAAGUACUGCCCGGCCACCUUCUACAGCUCACCUGGUCUCACGCGGCACAUCAACAAAUGCCACCCGUCCGAGAACAGACAGGUGAUUCUCCUGCAGGUGCCUGUGCGUCCGGCCUGCUAGAGCGCGCCCUCCAUCCCGGUCCCCCGAACUGUGCCUUCGCUUGGAGACCCACAAAGAGAGCGCUCCUUUCGCGCCCGAACCCGCGUCCUUGCCGGGGACACCCAUCCCGGGUGAAAGUGUUGUCUCCGCUUCUCUUGGUGUGGUGUGAUGGUAACCCCAACCCUCUCGUUGUGCCUCCCUUUGUACACCCGUCCCCCUUUGCGUUGUGUCCCCUUCCCCCCUUGGCGCAACAGGAGCCAAUCUAUUUCUGUACAAGGGAGAAAAGAUGUACGCGUUUGUCUUGUGGUUGGAAGCUUCCCCUUGGAGUGGAGAGCUGUUUUCCUUGCUAGUAUUCGCUGUAUUCGUGGUCUAAAAAUGCGGUUUGCUCUCGCCUACCAAUCUCUGCUCUCUGUGUACGUAGCGUACGGGUUGUUUUGGCUGAAUCUUGAGGAAUAAAUGCCUUUAUAUUUCACAGGCUGUAAAUUGAACUUCCCACACGAUUAGCUUUAUUAUGGCUUGUGAACUGCUGGAGUUUGGCUUUACAUUUUUGUAUGUGAACAAAUCAAAAUGCUUAAAAAAAGAGUUUUCUUUAGUAUAGCCACAAAUGCCUUGAACUGUUGUCUGUUUGGGAUUGUUUUGGGGGGGCGGGGAAAGGAAGGGAAUUUUCAGAAGAUGCUGUAGAAACUGCCUCACUAUUUCACAGACUUUGGUUUGAUUGCCUUUGUUGAGGUGGGUUCUGUGAAUUCCCUUUGUAUGUAUAUGUUGGUUUAUGAGUAAUUGUUAUUUAUUCUUUAUUUAUUUAUAUUAAUUAUGAAGAUUAAGAUAUUAUUUGAUUGCAGAUCUUUUUUUUUCUUUUGGUGUGCUUCCCUCCUCCCACCACUCUCGACAUUUCACUGUGCAUUUUAGAAGAGAGCCUUUUUCUAAAGGGAUCUGCUAAAAGUUUUAACUUUUAUACCUAUCUGAGCGAAUUACAGACAACCUACCAUUUUAUUCUGCUUGGAGGGUCCCCGAGGCCCUUGUACAACCGACAGCUCUUACUUUUAAAUGCAAUCUCUUUUCUACAUACAUUAUUUUCUUAAUUGUUAGCUAUUUAUAGAAAGCUUCAAUAGAACUGUUUCAACUGUAUAACUAUUUACUAUUCAAAUAAAAUAUUU